AACUCCUUGGCCCUUGAUAGGUCCGAGCAGGCAAUAACAAAAUGAUAAUGAAAGGAAGAAAAGUGAAAAUCUGCUUUCUGCUGCUUGUGUGUUUUGUCCCUGUUCUCUUGUAUCUCUACACCUAUAAUAGUUCUAGCAUAACUGAUUAUUCAAGGAGACGCGAAGGUGUUCAAAUGUACAACACCAGAAGCUGGCGGAACACUACAACUAAGUAUGUGUUAAUGUGGACCACAUUUUGGUAUGAAAUGAACCCCUGGUUAAAUAAUGUGUCAACUGCUUUUGCUGACAGCGAAUAUGACUGUGUGGUUACCACUGACCGCUCAAAAAUCGACACUGUUGAUGCAGUUGUUUUUCAUUAUGUCGACCUUACGAUGGAUCUACCAAAGUACCGAAAUUCUAAACAAGUAUGGAUAUUAUACAACGUUGAACCACCUCCAAUUCUCAGUUUGAAUUUUCUUCAUGGUAGUUCAUUUGAUGCAAUGUUUAACUGGACAAUGUCAUAUAGAAAAGAUGCAACAGUUUUGGCCACAUAUGGUGAAGCUGUUCCUCUUUCCAAAAAAGAGCGUGCCACAUUCCAAUCUAAAAAUUACUCUAAAAACAGAACGAAAAUGGCGGCGUCAGUAAUCGGUAAUUGUUAUGAUGACGGGAAACGAUACAGAAUUAUACAUGAACUUUCCAAUUAUAUCCACAUUGACCAGUAUGGGAAAUGUGGGAUAUUGUCUUGCCCUGUCAGCAACUCAAAAGUCUGUAAAUCAUCGGAUUAUCGGUUCAGACUUGCUUUUGAAAAUAGCAACUGUAGAGACUAUGUAUCAGAGAAAUUUUGGAACGCACUCGCGGAAGAAGUGAUCCCUGUCGUCAACUGGCAUUAUUCUAAUCAGAGACCUCCCUUUGUGCCACCGAAAUCAUAUAUCAAUAUAUAUGACUUUGAUUCAGUGGCUGCGUUAGGAAAAUAUUUAAACUUCGUGGCAAAUAAUGACGAAGAAUUUAACAGCUAUUUUGAAUGGAAAAAAUAUUACCGUGUCCAAACGGGAUCUACAUCUACAACCAUGUGUAAAGAGCUUCAUCAACCCAAACUAGAUCAAAGAAUUAAGAGUCUGUCGGGAUGGUUACAAAAUGACACUUGCACAAUGAAAACUUGGUCGAAGACGAUUGCAUCAAUACUGGAUAGGUUUCUGUUUGAUAUUGGCUUGAUGUAAAAGUGGAAUUGUUUAGCAGGUUUUAACUUAGUGGCCACUGAAGUAUACAGUAUAAUUUUCAAGAACGGAAGUCGUCUUUAAUAUGAAACGUGCAACUACAUGGAUCAUGAAAAACAUUCACUAAGUAUAAAAUGUGAAACUAUCAACGAAAACAUUAUCAGGAAAACCCAUUUACUUGGUUAUAUAACGUUGGCAUAUACAGACCCUGGACGGUUUUUCUUGUCCGUUUAAACGCAAACGCAACGCAAACGUAAAUUUUAAUUUUUAAAAAUAUAUUUUUACUUUCUAAUUCAACGCCCGUAUAGCUCAGUGGUUAGAGCACUGGUCUCGUAAACCAGGGGUCCUACAGAGAAAUCUGAAGAUUACAUCUACUCAGAUCAAGACACUAGCAUACAACGGCCUGGUCAGACCUUUGCUGGAAUAUGCAUCCUCCGUAUGGAACCCACACACCCAGCACAACAUCAACAGCAUGGAACACAUCCAGAGAAGAGCUGCAAGGUAUGUCACAAACCGUCAUCGUAACACGUCCAGCGUCUCUGAUAUGCUUUAUAUCCUCGGGUAAAACCAGUACAAGAAAGGAGGAAGGAAGCUAGACUAGUGAUAUAAUACAAGAUUGAUAGAGGUAUGGUUGCCAUCAGUAAAAAAAACAGACUGCUACCACCAAGACGACUUGCCAGAAACAGCAACACCAGAUCCUUCCAACUCCUUACCUGCAGGACUGAUUCAAGAAAGAUGUCUUUCUUUCCCACUGUACGUGACUGGAACUCCCUACCACCAGACAUCACAGAUGCAGCCACAAUCUCGGCCUUCAAGGCCAGAGGGACGAAGCUCCGAAACCCUUAAAGCUUCUUUUAUCCUGUUUUUAACUUACAAACUUAUUUUAACUGUGUCAGUCCUGUCACAUGCGAAACUACAUAUUGCAGAAGCAUCAACCUGUUGGUGGACGCAAUAACCGGAAGCCCUCCAUUACACGGACAUUACCCCCAACAGCUCUCCUAUACUGCCGCCACCCCCGCCGCCGCCUCCUCCUCCUCCUUCUCUCUCUUUAAUGAAAGACAACAACGACGUGAAAGAAAAUUUCCUGAAACUAAAGACGCAUUCGAUGAAACAUAACCUGCUGUUCUCGGGAAUUCCGGAUAAUGAGAGUCAUAUUGAAAACACUGAAACUGUUCUUAGAUCAUUUAUUCAGGAUCAAUUACAAGUAGAUAAUGCCGGCAGUAACGUACACCGCCUGAGGCAACGACGUGACGGCAAACCUCGUAGCAUAAUUGUCGUAUUUGGCCAACUUCAAUGAUUUGGAACGAGUCCUCAAAAAAGCUCCUAUCAAGCUGCAAGGUAAGCCAGAGUUUAGUGUGCAGCGGCAAAAUUAUUAGAGACACAUUUUUCCUGUAGGAAAAAAUAAAGCGACCAGUUAAUUAUAUUUUAAAACUCGAACCAGGAAGAUUAAUCAACCGUCCACUACAGAAAUAGGACGUUGAGGACUACAUCGUUUGCUCUCAGCAAUUAGACAAAAUCCAUCAUGACACACGAAAUGUUAAAACUUCUUGACGAUUAACAAGUGUGGACCUGAUUAAAUGAUCAGAGAAGGUAGCAAAAAUAAUAACUUGCUUUCUUGGAAAACUGACACUUACCAAGAGAUUGUUAAGGCAAGUUAAAAGUGAAUUAGUGAAUGACAUGAGCCAGACGUAUCUAAGUAGUUUAAUAGAAACACGUGUAUGUCCGAAAUUCCAAUUAUUUAGAUCAAGCUCUGAAGUAGCAUUUCAAAUUGAAAAAGGUCCGGGUUUAGAACGUGUAUCGUGAGAUUGCGUACUGAAUAGUAAUUCACUUUAGUUCACAUUCUCAUGAUAAAUUUUAAUAUAAAUAGGAUCUUACACUCGUUUCCAUUUCAUAUGAGAUUUAUGAAACGAGCCUAAGA